CUACUCCACCCCUGCCCUCCUUCUUCUCCUGUAAAUCUUCCUCCUCACCGUCGCCCUUUGGUCACCAUCUCGAACAUCACCGCUUUCUUGUAAGCUCACUGUCUCCAUUGAGUCCGUAUUGCGCCACCUUCACCGUUUUCCUAUCAUUUGCUGUGAUUCUCCAUUCUUGUUCUCCAUCAUGCAUUGCCCUACUCGCGCUCUCUCCUCUCUCUUCUCUGGAUCCUUGUCCCAGCCGUUCUCUUUUCACUCGCAUCGCUACUUGUGUAGCCGUUCUAAUCCAAUUCAUUCCCAUCCCCAUUCUCAACCUCAACCUCAACUUCCCACCCCGACUCCCAUCACUGUCUUGAGACCCUGGGAACAGGCAGCUGUCGCUGUGGGUUCUGCUGUUGGCGCCUUCAUCAACCCUGCCCGCGCUGAUUUUGUGGCUGCGCUCGGAGAAACCACCGGAGGCCCCGCCUUCCACCUCAUCCUAGAGCGCAUGAAAGCUUCCCCUGAAGGUCAACAAAUAUUGAAUGAAAGACCUCGAGUGAUCGCAUCCCAAGUUCAACACGCGUGGGAUAUGCCCGAAAAUACUUUUGGAGGGGCUUAUGCUAAGUUCAUGGGCUCUCGUAACUUUUCCCCUGAUGACAGACCACCAGUCCGUUUCGUGGAAAGCGAGGAGUUAGCAUAUGUCGCUCAACGCGCUAGAGAGGUUCAUGACUUUUGGCACGUUCUUUUCAACUGCCCAACAAGUGUUGUCGGUGAGCUAGCACUCAAAAUGGUAGAGUUUCAGCAAACAUUAUUGCCUAUGUGUUUCCUCUCCGUUGCCGGAGCAUCUUGGCGUCUUAAAUCUGAACAGCGAGCAGCGCUUUUCAAACAUUACGGGCCAUGGGCAAUGAGGGCUGGCAGAUCUGCCAGGGACCUCAUGUGUAUCUAUUACGAAAAGCAUCUUCAUGAGGAUUUGGAUGAAGUUCGCAGUAAGUGGGGUAUAAUUCCUGCCCCUCUAAGGCCCAAGAAGAAAGUUGUGUAGAUAGGCCUAUUUCAUUCCAGUUUUAGGAUUUAAUCAGUAGAAUUCUACAGCACAUACUAGGGUCUGGAGAGUGGUGUAUUGAAUUUAUAAGACAUGACCAUUCUCAUUAUCAGCAAUUAUGCCAUAACGAUCCUGAUUGUGCACUCAGGACGAAGCUUGACCUCCAAGCUAUCAGAUGACGUGCUUCUUAGCAAGCAUUUGAUCCCCCUGUUAGCUUGCACAAGUCUUCCAAAUUUCACACUAGCUGAAGUUUUCUGAUUUCUGUUAGGCUAACCAAGUACAAAUGCAAAUUCAGAUUCGUUAUAAUUCUUCAUUGUUUGAUUGUGGAGUGCUCAGGUUAUGCUCUGUACAGCGAACAGUUUCCAUAAUUGUUUUUUCAAAAAUUAGAGGGUAGGUUGGAGAAUCGUUCUGGGAGGACGCUAAAAACGUGUCGAAUUCUGGUGUACAUUUUUUUUGUAGGAUCCAAUUUAAAGAGGUUAUAUUUCUUUAUUUUUGAGAUUCACUCGACUGGUGAGUGGAACAUAGGGGUAUAUAUUUUCUUUGUAAUAAGGGAUUGAGGCUUUGCACUCUUUUCAAAAGUGAACAAACUUUCAGUGAGAAGUUUUUAUUUAUUUAUUUAUAUUUUAAAGUUAGCGGAUUUCUA